AUGGCAUCUCUCCGCUCUUCCUCCCGAGUCUUGGGCUCGGCCACCAAGGCUGCCUUCCGCCCUGCCGUCACCGUCCCUCGCCGCGGUCUGGCUACCCCCAGCGAUCGCGUGCCCCGUACUAAGGAGCCCGAGAUGAAGAAGUUCACCAUCUACCGCUGGAACCCCGAUACCCCGACCGAGAAGCCUCGUAUGCAGGAGUACACGUUGGACCUGAACAAGACCGGACCCAUGAUGUUGGAUGCGUUGAUCCGCAUCAAGAAUGAGCUGGACCCUACCUUGACCUUCCGCCGAAGCUGCAGAGAGGGUAUCUGCGGUAGCUGCGCCAUGAACAUCAACGGCCAGAACACGCUGGCUUGCCUCUGCCGUAUCCCCAAGGAGUCUGCGUCGGACGUCAAGGUCUAUCCUCUGCCUCACACCUACGUCGUCAAGGACCUCGUUCCCGACUUGACCCAGUUCUACAAGCAAUACCGCUCGAUCAAGCCCUACCUUCAGAGAGACACUCCUGCUCCUGAUGGCAAGGAAUACCGCCAGAGCGUCGCCGACCGAAAGAAGCUGAGCGGUCUCUACGAGUGCAUUUUGUGCGCCUGCUGCUCGACCUCGUGCCCGUCUUACUGGUGGAACUCUGAGGAGUACCUCGGACCUGCUAUUCUCCUUCAGUCAUACCGCUGGCUCGCCGACUCCCGUGACGAGAAGAAGGCGGAGCGCAAGGCCGCCCUCGACAACUCGAUGAGCUUGUACCGCUGCCACACGAUUCUCAACUGCACACGUGCUUGCCCCAAGGGCCUGAACCCCGGCAAGGCUAUUGCCGAGAUCAAGAAGCAGAUGGCUUUCUAA